UUUCCCGCGAAGAACCAAGUUGCUGGUGUAUGUGAAAGAUUAAUUCGUACUGAACAACAAUAAUGGACAAGGACAUGUUCACUAGACUUGCUUCAAAAAUGGGCAUAACAUCCCCUAAGAUACUACGCCAAGCAGAGGAAUACAUGCGGUUGGCUCAGGUUAAAUGCCCCGGCCUUGGCAACAGCUCAGCCACCAGCAAAGCUGUCAUAUGUCUGGAGCUUGCAGCAACAUCUCUAAAGUUUCCCCUUGACAAGGAGUAUGCUGUCAAAUUAUCUGGGAUAAAUAAGAAGAUCUACCAGAGCAGUUUCAAGUCUUUGGAGUGUAUGCUGGGGCUUAACGCAAACAUGAGCCUCAGAGACCUGGCUGUCCAAUACGGAUGCAUGGACGCAGUCAAAGUUGCUGAUCAGAUUCUUGAACGCUAUGAACAGAGCUUACCUGCUGCCCAGCAACAAGACCUGGAUCUGUCAAAACCGCUCUUCACAACUGCUGCGCUGGUCACAGCAUGCAAGUGCAUGAAAAUCAAAGUUGACCGGAAACUGACCGGGGCAUCGGGGGUGAAGAAGGGCAUCUUUGACAGGCUAUGCACUCAGCUGCACACCAUAGGACAACGCAUCUGCAGUGAAACUACAUCAGCGAAGGAGACGGCGAAGAAGGGGCAGAAAAGGCAGAAGACUCUAACAGAGAUCUUGGAACAACAACAGGAAGCAGAGGAGGACUUGCCAACCUCACCGAAGCAAAAGAAGGAUGAGGAGGCUGAAGGGGGUGCGAAGGAGGACUAUGAAGAAUGGAAGAGAAAAAUAUUAGAAAAUGCUCUCAAAUCAAAGACGGCAGAAGCCUGAAAGUCUAGUUUUAUGUCCUCAGACUGUGUCAUGUACUCCUCAUGCACUGUGUCCAUGCUUGGUUAUGAACACAAAGGGAGGGACUCAUCGUUCAUCACACCCCCUUGUGGUGAAGUCCAGUAAUGUGCACGAGUCACUGUGAGUGCAUCUUAAUAUGCGACCUUGCCUCCUCCACUUGCCUCCUCCACUCGCUUCUCGUCAUGAUGACAUCACUGACAAUAGCAUUAUAUUUCAAUAUCUUGCAAAAGCUCAAUUGUAGAGUCUUUUUCUCGUUUGCAAUUGGGAUGGUGAAUGAAAAACAGUCCCUCAAAAGUUGCUGUGGCUAGGCUGACAGCUGGGAAACUUUAUCGUUUUCUCCACGGAGGAGGGGCCAGGAGGCGGGGCGAGGAGACAAGCGCAAGUGGAGGAGGCAAGGUCGCAUAUUAAGACGCACUCAAUGGGAGUUGUUUUCACUUCCUGAUUUGUGCUUCAAUUCUUUCUGAUGUUUACGCAAUUAUGGUUUUAAUAUGAAAAUGUGAAGAGUUGGGUCAAGUUGAAGUUUUGUUGUGGUGUUUCAACUUUGUAUAUACUAUAGAUGCCAUGUAAGGACAGGUGAUUAUUAUUAUUUUUGUAUCUGUUUUUAAUGAGCUCACCAAACCUUUACUAUUUUUAGUACUAGUACCCUGUAAAUAAUUCCAGGUAUUUGAUUUAGUAAAAUGGGAAUGUUGAAUUGGUGUCCAUCUGAAUUUAUAGCAGUCAUUACGCUCAGAUUAAUUUACUGGAGGCUGUAGGUCUUAAUCAAAUGAACGGAUGCACAUCGAUGGACAUAAGAUGAAGGUUUCAAAACAUCUUUGAAAGAUGUGUGUAAAAUCCCUCAUUUGCUCAGUUCUUUGAGUUUCGUUUUUAAUAAAGUUAUUUUACAAUUCUGA